AUCCCGAGUAUAAAAAGACAAGCCCUGGAUUACGAGACGCACUUGAACCGACGAAGCAAACUCCAGCAUGAACGCCAGACUUGUCAUCAUUGCGCUCUGCGCCUUUCAGUUCGUCGCAGCGGACUCUAAUACCGACCAAGCCAAAAGCGGUCUUCAAGACAUAGCGUCUCAGAUCCAAUCAUGGGUAGAGAGUUUCCGAGACAGAGCGGAACGGGCCAUCUCCGAGGCGCUGGCUACUGCCCAGAACUUCAUACAGUCACUGCAGGAUAGGUUCAAAGAUGCACAAGAUAAACUCGUCAGUGCAUAUUCCAAUGAUACGUCUGCUUCCCAGGUCAAAACUUGCGCUCAGAACGGACAGCAACAAGCAUCUGCUGUUAUCAACAGCACGAAGGACGAAAUUCAGGCUAAGGCCGCCAGCAGUAGCGAGGACGCAAAGGCUUACGCUGACCAAGCAAGUUCUCUUGCUAAACAAGCAUCGGGCUCUGUGGGCCAGGUUGCACUGAACUUCACAACAUGCUUAGUCAAAAACCCACUCACAGGAUUCAUUAAAUGUCCCCUAGAAGUUGCAGCUGCAGCAAGAGACCUGGCCACAGCGUAUACCUCUGCGUUUAGCAACAUUCUUACGUCAGGAGAAAGUAUCAUAUCUCAGUUUGUUAGCAAUUUGGGGGCUUCAUUUGAAUCGAAUCUCCAGAGUGCUAGUGCGCAGAUCCAGAGCAUCAGCGAAGAUGUCCAGAAAUGCGUCCAGGAAGUAGCAGCAGCGGCGAACAAGACAGCUGAAACAUCAAGCCAAUAAGACCUUCCAAGUCUUCAUAUUACAGUUAAUGUUAACUGAAUUUUCUGAGAUGAAAACAUACACGUGCUAAGCAUUCGCUUACGACAGCUAUGUACCCUCUUUUAUGAACUUAAUUCCCAUCACUGUAUCAGAAAUAAAAAUGUUUAGCAUAAUG